AUGCUUGAUGCUGUGCCGUCCGUGCCUUUUCCGUUCAGCCCUGGCAUCCGCAGGACAAUUGAGCACCUUGUUCGCGGUAAAUGGCUGCAGCACCGCCUGGUCAAGAAAAUGGUGAACUCGGUUGCAGCAGUUGGAUCCAUCUUGCGCAAUCAAAGGCAUAUCAGGAAGAUCAAAUGUGAUUCAAAAAAGAAGAAGGCCUCAUCCAAUAUAAUGGGCCAGCUGAGUUUUUCUGAUGCAUUAAGAGAGAAAUGUCGCGAGGUCCAGACUGUCGGUAUUCAGUCGAGGAGACGGGGUCUCGACUUGUUUACUUUCAGGAAACUGCUCUCGGGAUAUAGUGGGAGCUUUGCCAAUUGA